CGAGAAUUUAGAAGAAAUUGGUCAGAAAUUUUGUAAAAAUAAGUCCUCCUUCUUUUUUCAAUGACAGUCUCGGAGAUCAUGUGAUUUCCGGUUUAGAAUAAUGAUUCAUAUCUCUGAUUUAAACAACAAAGAGUUUCAUCUGUGAAUUAUUAGGAUAAUUGAGAAUUUAUAACAUAUUGUAAUUCAUAUAUUUAGGAUGAAAAACUGAACAUAAGAACAAAAAUUACCAAGCAAACUGAGGUCACGUGAUUUGUUCAGUAAAAAACAAAAUGGUGGACCGACUUGUAAACAGUGAGGCCAAUGCUAGGCGAAUAAACCUGGUAGAACAGGCAUUUGGGACCUCAGGACAGUCAUUGGUUCAGACAGGACGUGUGCUCGUUGGGGAAGGGGUUCUUACUAAAAUGUGCAGGAAGGGAACUAAACCAAGGCAAUUCUUCUUAUUUAAUGAUGUUUUAGUCUAUGGCAAUAUUGUGAUAGCCAAAAAGAAGUAUAACAAGCAGCACAUAAUUCCCCUAGAAGAUGUAACCCUCACCCCAGUGGAUGAUGAAGGCAAUUUACGUAAUGGUUGGCAGAUCAAGAGUCCGUUCAAGUCAUUCACAGUCUAUGCUGCUACAGCCACUGAGAAAACUGAAUGGAUGGCCCACAUAAACAAAUGUGUGCAAGACCUUCUCACUAAAAGAGGCAAGGCCAAGUCAGAUAUGGAGGAUUCUCCAGUGUGGGUACCUGACAAACAAGCCACACACUGUAUGCACUGCAAGAAAUCUGAGUUCACUGUGCUCAAUAGGAGGCAUCACUGUAGGAAGUGUGGAAUGGUUGCAUGUAGCAACUGUACUAGUAAAAAAUGGCUGUUUCCCCAACAGUCAUCCAAGCCUCUACGUAUUUGCCUCACCUGCUAUGACCAACUUGCUAAUGCUCCCAAUGCUGAGCAAGAAAAAGCUGCCCAAGCCCCUGCUGGCCAGAAUUAUGAUUCUGAUUCCUCUGAUGACGAAGAUGAUGACGUACCUAAUGAUGCAGAAAAUAGUGAUCAGCCAACCUUUUAUGAAAACAAAAAUCACGGAGCUACAAAAACGUGAUUGGACAGGAACAAGCAUUUAUAGGCAAGAUGAAAUCAUAUUUUAAUACAAGGCCAUCAUGUAUAAAUGAAGAACAUAUUUUGUUAAACAGUUGUACAUAAAAUAGUUAAUAACAUGGCCACUAUUAACAUAAGAGGUUGGGCAGUAAUAUAUUUAAGGAAGCAUAAACAUAAAUGCCUGCUAGAAAAUUGACAUUUACGUUAGAGGUGGAUAAUGCUGAUUCAAUGAAUAAAUGUUUAGAAUUUAAUGUAAAAUAAGGACAGAUGUACCAAUGUUAAAUAUUACAAACAGUUUAUUGAAUUGUUGCUGAAAUAUACAAUCUUUAUCGCUUAUUUAUGCAAUUAUUUUAUUGAUAUUGUUACAUAGAGAUUUGAUAUGUGUAAUGC